AGUGGGCGGCCUAGCUUUACCCUAACCUAACCUUAAAAUGCCUUGGUGACAAGUCGCGUAUAUAUUAAAGAAGCUGGUUCAGUUUGUUGUGUUUUAAACAACUGAGAAUAUCGAUACGAAUGCUUAAAAAAUUGUUAAUAAAAAAAGUCGGCUUGUGACAUUAUUGUGCCAAUAAAUUGUGCAAAGAUGUCGGGGGAAGAAGGCAGCAGACCUAUAUCCAACGUAUCUGCGGAGAGUGUGGGGCAACCUGUGACAAGUACAUCACAAGGAACAAGUAAUAAUGCAGAAGGAAAGACUACUCCACGACCGGAACAGGACAGCAGACAAAAUAACCUGCUCAGGAUUCAACAGCGCAAGCAGCAAAUGUUUAACUUGCCUCAAGUGAAAAAACUGUUAAAACUUGCAAAUUACAGUGCUUGUCAAGUCGAUGAAUGCAAGUGCAAUGGCUGGAAAAAUACACAGACAGUUGCAAAGUCUCCAAAGAAUGAGGCACAGCCAAUUGCAACAUUCAGUGAUCCUUGUAGAAGCUGUGAUCACAUUUUAGAAAAUCACAUUUCUCAUCUGGUUUCACAAUCAGAUGAAAUGAUAAACAAGUUAUUAGGGAUGGUUGUUGAUGUAGAUAACAUAUUCAUGGGAAUGCACAGGGAAGAGGAUCCAGAUACAAAAAGAGUGUAUUAUUUUUUAUUCAAACUUUUAAGAAAGAGUAUUUUGUCGAUGACAAAGCCAGCUAUAGAAGGACCACUAGGUCAGCCACCAUUUGAAAAGCCAAGUAUAUCAAAGGCAAUUGCAAACUUUGUAGUUUAUAAGUUUGGUCAUUUAUCGCAACGUGAUUGGCAAUCAAUGUACGACUUGGCGAAAAAUUUUUUGCACUGCUUAAACCAUUGGAAUUUUGAGACUCCUAGUGCCAGAAAGACAGCUGUUAAUGCAGAUGAAGCGCCAGCUUAUAAGAUUAAUUACACAAGGUGGCUUGUGUUUUGUCAUGUACCUGCAUUUUGCGAUUCGCUUCCUCAUUUUGACACAACUCUAGUGUUUGGUAGAACUUUACUCCAAGCAGUUUUCAAAUCAGUUUGUAAACAGUUGAUGGACAAAUGCCACAGUGAAAAGGAUAGGAUGUCAGCUGAGAAACGAGUUCUCGUUUUAAACCAUUUUCCAAAAUUCCUUUCAAUGUUAGAAAUCGAAAUCUAUUCGGAAAACUCUCCAAUAUGGGAUCCAGAAUUUAAGCAGGUUCUUCCAUCCCACUUGCAAAUGUCAGUAGAAUCCAAAGCAAAUCUGAAUCGCAGAACAGUUGGAGAGUUUGAGAAAGUGACAGUAGCACCCAACGAUAAGGAUAACUUUACGACAAUUAACCUCAGUCCAGGCAUGAAGAAGCUUCAAGGUAAAAGGUCACAUUCAGAAAUCAGGCCAGACGCAAAGAAAAGAAAGACUGAGGAAGUUUUUGAGGACUUGUCAGAGGAAACCGUAAUGAAGAUCAUAGCAACUAUUAAGGAUCCGAACUACAUGUUUGGACUGGACGCUAUUUUCCCACCAAACGCACCCAGAGAUGAGACUCCAAAAUUAGAGGAGAGCCGUAAAAUCAUAGAGUUUCACAUAGUCGGUAAUAGUUUGACACAACCUGUCUCUAAACAAACUAUGCUGUGGCUCAUUGGACUUCACAACGUGUUUAGUCAUCAACUAACAAGAAUGCCUAUGGAAUACAUUUCACAAUUAGUUUUUGAUCCGAAGCACAAAACUCUAGCGCUAAUAAAAGACGGCAGACCCAUCGGUGGAAUCUGUUUCCGAAUGUUCGCAAGCCAAGGGUUCACCGAAAUUGUAUUUUGCGCCAUGACGUCCGAACAGCAAGUUAAAGGCUACGGCACCCAUCUAAUGAACAUGCUCAAGGAUUAUCACAUCAAACAUAAUAUACUUCAUUUCCUCACGUUUGCCGAUGAAUUCGCUAUUGGCUAUUUUAAAAAGCAGGGAUUCAGCAAAGAUAUCAAAUUGCCACGUACUACUUUCCAGGGCUACAUCAAGGAUUACGAAGGGGCAAUGCUUAUGCACUGUGAGCUCAACGCAAAAAUCGUCUACACCGAGUUCACAACUGUAGUCCGAAAGCAAAAGGAGAUCGUAAAGCAACUUAUUUACCAGCGUCAGCAGGAAAUACAAAAGAUUCACCCGGGACUGACUUGCUUCAAGGAGGGUGUACGCGGCAUACCCGUCGAAUCUAUACCAGGUAUUCGAGAGACUGGGUGGAAAAAUUAUGCGCAGACGAGAACAAGGGGUGUCGCCAAAGGUUCACAAGGUCCAGAGCCUAUGGAGGCUUGUUUGGAUAUAAAUGACUCACUUUACAAUGCGCUUAAGAGCGUUUUAACGUCCAUUAAGAAUCACAGCGCUGCUUGGCCGUUCUUGAAGCCUGUCGAUAAAAGCGAAGUGCCUGAUUAUUACGAUCACAUCAAGUAUCCCAUGGAUUUGAAGACGAUGACAGAUCGGCUGAAGUCGAGGUAUUAUGUUACACGACGCCUCUUUAUUGCUGACAUGACGCGAAUUUUUACGAAUUGCCGACUGUACAAUGGCCCUGACACGGAAUACUAUUCGUGCGCCAACUCUUUAGAGAAGUAUUUCCAGACCAAGAUGAAGGAAAUUGGGCUCUGGGACAAAUAGUCGAGAGCAGGUAUGCCGCCAUCGCUGCCGAGCGACUGCCUGCAUCUAUCCACGUUCCCCGAUGUCUCGCUCUUCGAAGAUCUUGCUUCUAGUGAUCCACAAGAGUGAAGCUGACACUGUUGUACGUGAAAUUUUAAUCGGAACAAACGACACCCACCUAAUAGGUCUUUUGACGCGAGAAAGGUCUGUCAUGUAAAAAGUUGCGGUAAAAUAUAAGGACAUAUAGUUUUGGGAUAAGUUAUAUGCGUAUUUGAGCGAGGAAGAAAAUUUUCAUUAGAAUUAUUGUAAGAUUUAUGAAUUUAAGGAUGGGGUAAAGUUCUUAAGGAAUGGUACUGUAGAAGAGAAAGGUAUGCAAAGCGUUUGUUUCUGCUUUAUAGACUGAAUCGUUGUAAAAAAA